AUGGGACCCAGCUCCUUCGGUGAAGUCUACAAAGGCGUCGACGGACGAACAUCUCAGGUGUUCCAGCGAGUUCGUCAUGAAGAGUCUGAGGCCGAAGUUGAUGAAGAAGUAGAUGUGUUGAUGUCGUCUGAUAUAGUGUCAGCCCAGCAUAGUAUGAUUGUCGUAGCAUACGUUCUAUUCCAGGAGCGAAUUGGUGACUAUAAUGUCAAUUUCUAUCUGGUGGAAGGAAUGAGACGGGUAUCGCGGAAGAGGCGGGAGCAUCUUACUGCAGACGACAUCAAGAAAAACAACUCCUUCAUGCAGUCGUUGGCAAGUGGUGCUGCGGUUGGUGAUGAGGAUUUCAAGGCGAUGUUUUUAGUAACGGAAAUGUUGCGGAAAUUGAAAGCUCAGUCUCGUAUGGGGAUGACAAGCCGUAAAGCGCAUCUGAUCAAAAUGUUAGGGGAUAUUGGCGAUUUUUACCUCGAACUAAAGUGGGACUUCCAAAGUUGGAUUCCUUUGCUUUCACGAAUGCUCCCAUCUGAUGUGUGUAAAAUAUAUAAGAAGUGUACUCAGCUGCGUAUGGACACAACACUGGCGGAUUUCAAUGAACGUCGAUGGGAGCGAGGCGAUAUUUCUUUUGUUUUCAACGCGAAGGCCAAAUACGAGAGCGAUGAGUUGAUCAUAAUGGAUAACAAUGCGAAGGUGUUCCAGCGAGUUCGUCAUGAAGAGUCUGAGGCCGAAGUUGAUGAAGAAGUAGAUGUGUUGAUGUCGUCUGAUAUAGUGUCAGCCCAGGUGGGGUUGGAGGAGGCCGUCUCGGUGCAAGGUAAUGAUGAAAUGAUUACUUUGGCUCCUUGCGAGUUGGAAUUGGAACCGGCCCCUGAAGAAGACGUCGAAAUGAUGGAGGACUCUGAAACUGUAGAUGAUGCGGCAUCCACUGAGGAUGAUCAGGUUCUCUAUUGUAGUAUAUCCCUGUUGCAGUUUUUAUGA